AUAGAUGAUCACUCUGAUGAAGACAUGAUUGAUUUAGUAACUGAAAUGGAAAUAAUGAAACUGAUUGGUGCACAUGCCAAUGUUUUAACACUGUUGGGGUGUUGCACCAAGAAUGGGGAAUUACUUAUCAUAACUGAAUUUGCUCCACAUGGAAAUUUACACGACUUUCUUCGUAAUCAUCUCCCCUUUAUUAAGAGUGAACUCAAAUUGAGCAAUUUAACUAAGAAAACUUUGUUGGUAUUUGCUAAACAAAUAGCAAAUGGAAUGGAAUAUUUGGCCUCCAAAAAAUGUGUGCACCGUGAUCUUGCUGCAAGAAAUGUUCUAGUAUCCAAGGAUUACACAAUGAAAGUAGCAGACUUUGGUCUUGCAAGGGACAUUCGAGAUAAAGAGUACUACCGGAAGGAAACAAAAGGCAGAUUACCAGUGAAAUGGAUGGCUCCUGAAGCACUUGGUCAUGGCUAUUACUCAACUCAAUCUGAUGUAUGGUCAUACGGCAUACUGCUUUGGGAAAUUUUAACAUUGGGAGCAACACCUUAUCCUUCAUUUUCAGGUUUAGGAAAAUUAUUACCGGCUUUACAAUCAGGGUAUAGAAUGGAAAAACCCCCUAACUGCUCAGAUGAGUUGUACAGUCUAAUACACAAAUGUUGGAGUUACGUGCCAGAAGAUCGUCCUUCAUUCACAGCGAUUGCUAAUGCUCUGGAGGAUAUAUUAUCCAUGAAUGCCAAUGAUGAGGUACUGCAGCAAUGUAAUGUUUAUGGGCCGCAGAGACAUGAGUGCAGCUCGAGCGACGUAGAAAACCCAGCUGAUCUUUUACAUGAAUGAACAAUUUACAAUUUUUUGCAAUUAGCAUCACUCAUAGUGGAGGCAAAUAAGAAAAAAUAAAAACAUUUUUGGCUACCCAAGAUUUUAUGAUGAAAAAUUGUCAAGGGUGGUC